GCUGGCAGAGCCAUGCGCCUCAACACAGCCGCCAACCUCGCAGCCACGGCGGCCCUAUUGAUCGUGGGCGUCCACCUCCUCAGCUUCGAGAUGUCGCCGGAGCGGGAGGACCUCGACAGCAAGCAGCUAAGGGCGCGCAUCGAUUCGCUAAGAGCGCAGGCGGACGAGACGCGGCAGCUCAUCGCCGCGAUGCGCCGACACGCCGUUGUGGAAGCGACGCCCGCGCCCGUAGCCCUGCCGCGACGACCACCACCUUCAGUGAAACGUAUGCGAGCCGACACGUCGAAGCUGCACACCGUCGUCCUCGCCGUCAUGGCGCACGACCGCGAGGCGAGCCUGAGGGACUGUUUGAGAGCGGUUCUCACGUCGAGCGGCGCGACGCAGCUCUUGCGGGUCGGCGUCUCCAUGGACGCGCCCUACGCCUAUGCCGCUUUGCGCGCCGAGGCGCAGAACGCGGCCAAAGCGUAUGACGUGCGCAUCGAUUGCUGGGAGCACGCCUAUGCCGCAAGGCCCAAAACGCCGCGGGUCUUCGCGGGCUCGCCGGAAUCGAAAAUCUCGGAGCACGUCUACAAAGCGUUGGUCGAGGGGUUCCGGGUGGACGGCGCGCGGUACGUCAUUUUGUUGGAGGAUGAUUUGCGAGCUGCAUCAGAUUUCUUUUCCGUCUUUAGCGUCGGCGUGCAACUCCUCGAGCAUGAUGAAUCGCUGUGGUGCGUGUCGGCGUGGAACGACAACGCCGGUAUCGCCGGCAUGCACGGCUGGCGCCCCGAUUCGUUGCGAAGGACCUCCUACUUCCCGGGCCUCGGCUGGCUGACCUCCAAACAGACCUGGGAUUCGGUGCUGCAACCGAGCUGGCCGGCAGCACCCACAACGGGCUGGGACCACUGGCUCCGGGCCCAGGAUUCGCUAUCAGGGAGGGAGUGCGUCUUCCCCGAAAUUCCAAGGGUGAAGCACGUCGCGACCGGCGGUUCUACCAAUGUCAGAGGCGGCGAGGCGGCGGCGUUCGAGCGGCGGGCCUUCGCGGGGGCGAGCACCGUCGAGACCUUUGAGUUAGCGGGUUUUGACGAGGCCGAGCUCAAAGAAGCGGUGCUUUCCGCGAAACGCGUAUCCGUGGAGGCCGCCAAGGGGACUCAAACAGAUGUGAGUGUCGUCGUCAAGUUCGUCGAAGAGCACCAGAAGCUGGCCAAGCUUUUCGAUUUGUGGCACACGGAGUUGAGGGGAUAUAACAGACAAGGGGUGCUUGCUUUACGAAGAAAAGGCGGCGCCACUGUAUAUUUGCUUGAUAUGAGACGCUGUCCCUGGAUCCAGGAGCGCAUCUCCGACGCCGGUUCCGUCGUCAUCAAAGCCUCUCAACCGGGCGUCGCCUGUACGUCGGUCUGCCGCGCGGCGCAGAAGACCUGCGACCCCAAGCUCCUGGUCUUCGCGGACCGGUGCGAUUUGUUGAGGAAGCACUUCCCCUGCGAGGCGGGGUGCGGCCACCAGCUCGGUCCCGAACUGCCGGCCUUCGUCGCGCGGCCGGGCCGGGACACGUCGGGCCAGUGCCUGGUGGCGAGCGGGGGCUUCACGCCGACGUGCGACGCGAAGCACCCGGCGACGCAGCGGCUCUGCGUCUGCGUUUGA